GUAUUGAUAGAAUAACAGAUGUUGAUAGAGGUAAAGAAGGAACUUUUGUUGAUAAAAGUGAAAGAGUAAUAGAUAUUAAUGAAGGUAAAAGAGUAAUAGAUGUUAAUAGAAAUAAAGGAAUAAUAGAUAUUAAUAAAA